CUUUGUAUCCCAUGUCAACGGUCACCACAAGUAGACAGAAUUCUUCUGUUUGGCCGGAGAGAUUGUGUGUCCGAGUCGGAGACUGGAAGGCAUUGAAAAUAUCCCCGUAAAGUCAACUAUUUAAACCAUCAGUGACGAGGAGCAUGCGGCUCUACAAUCUUCUGAGCAUUCAAUAACGCCAGCACCAUCCAAGCACAUGUCUCGACAGUAAUCAUCCAACAUGAGUCCUACCACAGUCUUGGUCACCGGCGCCGGUCGUGGCAUUGGGUCUGGGUUCAUCGCCACUCUCUUGCUUAGACCAUCGUCAACUGUGAUAGCCGCAGUCCGAGACCCUUCAAAUUCAUCGGCUAGAGCUCUUCAAGACCUACCCAAGGGCGAAGGCUCCAAGCUCAUCAUCGUCAAAAUCGACUCUUCCAUCGAAACCGACCCCGCGGAAGCUGUCUCUGCUCUGAGGCGGGAUCACGAUAUCAACGCUUUGGACGUUGUUAUCGCGAAUGCCGGGAUUGCUCACUCGAGUGGCCCCGUCAUAAAGACCUCCACUGCUGCAAUCAAGGAUCACUUUGCUGUCAACACAAUUGGACCUCUCCUGUUGUUCCAGGCAACCGCACCCCUACUCAAAGCUAGCAAUAGUGGUCGUCCGGUCUUUGUUGCCGUUACCUCGAUGAUUGGGACCAUCUCCGGCAUGGAGUCCCUUGAAGAUCUGCCACCGGCUUUGAGCCCUUACGGGUCUAGUAAAGCUGCGUUAAACUGGUUCAUUCGGAGAUUGCAUUUUGAAGAGACGUGGCUCACGAGCUUCGUCGUUCAUCCCGGCACUGUGGCUACCGACAUGGUCCACUCCGUGAUUGAGGGGACAGAUUUGAAGCUUGAGGACCUUGGAGCGAUCACAGUGGAAGAGAGCGUUUCCAGGAUUGUCGGCAGGAUUGAUACUGCGUCAAGAGAUAUCAGCGGGACAUUCCAGAAUUAUGAUGGAACUCAUUUGCCCUGGUAA